AUGAAGUGCCGAUCCGUCGCGUGCAUAUGGUCCGCGACGCCUCCCUCUCACCGCGUCACGGCCGCCGCCGUGCUCCACCGCCCCCCGACGCUCUACACCGGCGGAUCCGAUGGCUCCCUCAUCUGGUGGAACCUCCGCUCCUCCGAUUCCACCUCGGUAACCUCCUCACCUUCUUCGGAACUCGUGCCUAUCGCUAUGCUGUGCGGCCACGCCGCGCCGAUAGCCGACCUGGCCAUCUGUGACCCCCUGGCGGUUUCGGAGACUGAAAAUAGAGACUCACUGAGCAAUGCUGAGCUGGAAUCGAGCUCCGGCGCGUUGAUAAGCGCGUGUGUUGAUGGCAUGCUGUGUGUGUGGAGUAGAGGCAGCGGCCACUGCCGGCGGAGGAGGAAGCUGCCGCCUUGGGUGGGGAGUCCUUCCAUGGUGAGGACAUUGCCGUCGAAUCCGCGGUACGUUUGUGUUGCUUGCUGUUUUGUUGAUACUGUGCAUUUGAGUGAUCAUCAUUCGGUCGAGUCGAGUGAGGUUUUAGUUGAUAGGGAGGCUCAGCAUAAGAAGCCGUCUAAAUGCACUGUGGUUAUUGUGGAUUCGUAUACUCUUGGCAUUGUGCAGACUGUUUUUCAUGGAAACUUGGGAAUCGCGUCGUUGAAGUUUAUGGAUGUGGUUUCGUUGGGGGAGGGUGAGGAGAAGCAUUCUGUAGUUAUGGCUGAUUCGUUUGGUUGGCUACAGACAGUUGCUCUGCCGAAGGAGCUAGAUGGGGAGCGAGGGAGUGAUUUGCAUAGGAGUUCUCAGAUGGAGAACACGGUUUGUGCCGAGGGAUUAGGUGAGGGAGGGCAGGUAAUGUCAAUAGCUACCUGUGAGAAUGUUAUUGUCUUUGUGCUGAAAGGUUGCUGUGUAUUUAGGCUAUUGCCUACCGGUGCUACAAUAGGAGAGAUUUCUUUCGCGGACAACAAUCUGGUUGGUGAAGAAAGUAACUCCACUCAGUCACAUUUUGUGGGAGGGAUCUUUCUUAAACCUGAAGAUGCUGCUGAUCUAGAAGCCCUAGAACCCCAUGGAGUCUUUUCAAGAAAUUUUGCUGUUUGGAAUAACAAAGGUCUUUCAAUUGUUUACUUGAUAUCCUAUGUCAGAGAUACUUUCAAGUGCGAGCGUCUUUGUGAGAUCCCUGCUUCCUCUUAUCCCCUUGAUGCGAGACUAUCAGUUAGCUUUAUUCAGUUGAGCCAUUAUAUUCUUCGGAUGGAAUCAGUUUGCUUAUUUGCCGAAGAACAUUUACAGUGGAAACCCCACGUCACGAUAUGGUCUACAUGUCGGAACCAUGAUGACCAUGGUAACUUGUGCCUGUCAUUUAAAUUGCAUGGAGUAGGCCGUUCUUUUGUGGACUGGAAUGUAAAUUCUAUGCCAACUAAUCAAUCUGAGGUUAUGCAGACCAAACUAACAUCCACACACCCUUUUAUUUUAAGCUCCAGAAGUUCACAGAGUAUGCAUGCAGAAGAUGACAAUCUUGGGUUAGUUAAUAAGCGAGGGGUUGUGUCUUCUUCCAUGGUUAUCUCGGAAACUUUCUUUGUUCCUUACGCUGUUGUGUAUGGCUUCUCUAGUGGAGAAAUAGAGAUGGUACGAUUUGAUUUGUUGGAAGGCAUAGCUUCUCUUGGUGGAACUCCACGUCAUGAGGCGAAGUCACACAUGUCCAGACAGCUCUUUCUUGGGCACACAGGUGCUGUGCUCUGUCUGGCUGCACACAGGAUGGUAGGUGUUGCCAAAGGAUGGAGUUUUGAUCAGGUUUUGGUGUCUGGAAGCAUGGAUUGCACCGUUCGCAUAUGGGAUCUUGAUACGGGAAAUCCUAUCACAGUAAUGCACCAACAUGUGGGCCCAGUUCGCCAAAUAAUCCUUCCCCCGGCUCGUACUUACCGUCCUUGGAGUGACUGUUUUCUCUCAGUUGGGGAGGACUCAUGUGUAGCACUUGCUUCUCUCGAGACUUUGCGAGCAGAGAGAAUUUUUCCUGGACAUCCGAGCUAUCCAGCAAAAGUUGUAUGGGACAGCGGAAGAGGUUAUAUUGCAUGCUUGUGCCGAAACCAUUCAGGAACAUCUGAUACUGUUGAUAUUUUGUACAUAUGGGAUGUAAAGACAGGUGCUCGAGAGCGGGUCCUUCGAGGGACGGCGUCUCAUUCAAUGUUUGACCAUUUCUGUCAAGGCAUCAGCAUGAAAUCUUUUUCUGGCAGUGCAUUGAAUGGCAAUACCUCCGUUUCCUCAUUACUUCUUCCGGUAAUUGAAGAUGGGGCUUCUACUCACUUUCAUUUGAAUAGUACAGACAAAUUGGCCACUUCAUCAAAUGUGGCCCCAGGUAAGACCGCUGAGCCCAAUACUUCCAGAGUCAGUAAAGGUGAUUCUGAAAAGUUAUUUCCAGCCCCUCAAAUGCCCAUUCAGAGCCGCAUGCAUCCAAUCACAUGCUCUUGCCCUUUCCCUGGAAUUGCUGCUCUCAGUUUUGACCUUGCAUCAUUAGUGUUUCCUUAUCAGAAGGAUGAUCUUAUAGCAAAUAGCCGUGAUAAGAAAGAGGAUAAUCAUGUCAAGGGACAGGGAUCUGAGACACCAAGUCCCCGGCACAUGCCUGUAGAUAAUGGUUCUAAUGUGCAUUCGACCUCAAAUGAUACUGUUCAAGAGAUUGAAUGGAUUAGAACACUUGAAGAAUGCUUACUUCGAUUUAGCUUGGGAUUCUUACACUUGUGGAAUGUAGAUUCUGAGCUUGAUAACUUGAUUAUAGCUGAUCUACAGUUGAAGAGGCCGGAUAAUUUUUUUCUCGCUUCUGGUUUCCAAGGUGACAAAGGAUCUCUGACGUUGACAUUUCCAAAUUUGAGUGCUAUUCUUGAGCUCUGGAGAAUGUCAUCCGAGUUUUGUGCAAUCAGGUCACUGACAAUGGUGUCUCUUGCCCAACGCAUGAUUAGUUUGUCUCAUGCCAGUUCAAAUGCCUGCAGUGCUUUAGCAGCAUUUUAUACUAGGAACUUUGCAGAGAGAAUUCCAGAUAUAAAGCCGCCUUUACUUCAGCUUUUGGUGAGUUUUUGGCAAGACGAAAGUGAACAUGUACGUAUGGCUGCACGCACUUUAUUCCACUGUGCUGCUUCUCGAGCAAUUCCGCUUCCCCUAUGCAGUCAAAAAGCUAAUGGCCACUUGAAUCCGAGCUCUAUAAGUCCUGUAGAGACUGAACAUGUAAAUUCAAAUGUUGAAGAAGCAUCUGCCAACUUAUUGUCUUCUAAGUCUGAAGAAUUAAGUAUACUUGCAUGGCUGGAAUCAUUUGAAAUGCAAGACUGGAUUUCUUGUGUUGGGGGGACAAGCCAAGAUGCGAUGACAUCUCAUAUUAUUGUUGCAGCAGCGUUGGCUAUCUGGUACCCUAUUCUUGUAAAGCCAUGUCUUGCCAUGCUAGUUGUUCAUCCAUUAAUGAAGCUUGUUAUGGCCAUGAAUGAGAAAUAUAGUUCAACUGCAGCUGAGCUCCUUGCUGAAGGUAUGGAGAGUACAUGGAAAGAAUGCAUCAGUUCUGAAAUACCUCGUCUGAUUGGAGAUAUAUUUUUCCAGAUAGAGUGUGUAAGUGGCCCAUCUGCCAAUUCAUCUACACAAAAUUUGGCUGUACCAGUUGGCCUUCGAGACAUAUUGGUUGGUGUUCUUCUUCCAAGUUUAGCUAUGGCUGAUGUCCCAGGAUUUUUAGCUGUUAUGGAAAGCCAAAUCUGGUCUACUGCAUCUGAUUCACCUGUUCAUAUAGUAUCUCUCAUGACUCUCAUGAGGGUUGUGCGUGGUUCUCCAAGAUACCUGGCUCAAUACCUAGAUAAGGUUAUUGACUUCAUAUUACAAACUGUUGACCCUAGCAACUCAGUCAUGCGCAAAACUUGCUUUCAAAGUUCAAUGUCUGCUUUAAAGGAAGUUGCACGUGCAUUCCCUAUGGUAGCCCUGAGUGAUACAUGGACCAAGUUAGCUGUUGGGGAUGUGAUUGGAGAGAAAAACAAUGCUAGCAUUCGGGUGUAUGACAUGCAAAGUAUUAUGAAGAUCAAAAUUUUGGAUGCAAGCGGCCCUCCCGGACUUCCGAAUUUGCUUGCAGCCAGCUCAGAAAUGAAACUAGUUACUGCAAUUUCAGCUUUGAACUUCUCACCAGAUGGAGAGGGGCUGGUUGCUUUCUCGGAGCAUGGAUUGAUGAUCAGAUGGUGGUCAUUGGGAUCUGUCUGGUGGGAGAAACUGAGUCGAAAUUUAGUUCCUGUCCAGUGCACAAAGUUGAUCUUUGUUCCCCCUUGGGAGGGAUUCUCGCCUAAUUCUAUGAGGUCAAGCAUAAUGGCAAGCAUUAUGGGACAUGAUGGGCAAGCCAAUAUUCAGGAGAAUGCAAAAGGAUUGAGUCAGGCGGACAAUUUGAAACUGUUGAUUCAUAAUCUGGAACUAUCUUAUCAACUAGAAUGGGUUGGUGAACGAAAAGUACGUCUUACAAGGCAUGGCCAUGAGUUGGGCACUUUCCAGUUGUAAGCCUCCUGUCAUGCCAAUUCUAAUGGACAAGCUACACAAUGUUUCGUGGACAGGCCAAAUUUGGCAGCUAUUUACCACAGCAAGUUCUUUAGCAAGAGCUUUCCCAAUGAGAACCAUGUGUACCUGCCCGGACCUCAUUCUUCUCGCAAGCACUUCAAGCACCUUCUCUUCUGCAGUUUGAAUUAUGAUGCCAACGUGUCUUAUUCUAGACGAUUUGUGAGAACAUCUAACUUGCAGAAAGAGCAUCAACACAACAGUGAUAUGGUUAGCCAGCAGCGUAGUUUUGUUUAGGCAAUGAAGUGGAGUGUGUACAUUUAUUCAUAUAUUUUUAGGGGUCAGAAAAGUGAGGGCAGAGGGGAGUACUUAAUCAGUCAAUCUUGUUUUGGUUUAGGUAACUUCCGAUUGUAUAGUAUGUUAUGCUUGGGGGAGAAAGGGUGAGAAGACUGUACAGUAUACUGCAACUCUAAUACAGGAUCUGGAUUUAUUUCAAAG